CUACGCUAUCCAAAUAUGGUUAGAGGUAUCCUGCGGGCAUGUGCUCUUGUCAAUGAGGAGAACACUGACGUGACCACACUGGCAGUAUCUGCACUGAAGCAACUAGCCAGUCUACCUACGUAUGUCUGGCAAGAAAGCAAGAACCAGCACAACCUGAGAUGGGCAGUGUACUGGGCCGCAAAGUGCCGAUGUUCAACUGCAGGAUUCACGAAGUUACUACAACAGCAGCUUGAUGUCAUGUGUAUUGAGGAAUGUAGAGAUAUUGAUCGGCAUGCUCAUGCAUUGUUUUUGUUGAAUAUACUUGAUCGUCACCUGGCGCAAAACUUGACGAAUCGUUAUUUGACCAUACACAGUACAGGUGAUCCCAAGGAUCGUCAUACUCAAGUAUUCAGACUACUUCUCUACUGUACACUGUGUGGUGUAGAGUGCAGUGCCUUGCUGAAGCUGAUCAGUGUUGAUCAUCUGAUACAGAAAUGCCAUCCUCGCCGUGUGCAACUGCUAUAUUUGCACAACACCCUCCCUGUCACUAACGACCAGCGGCUACAGAUAAUGAACAGGUGUGCAGUGUGGUUCCAGAAGGCUGUGCCAAGUCAGCAGUCAGGUCGAAUGUAUGACAUGCUGUCAUACUUCAUUGGUCCAAAGCACACCACUGGCAUGUCUCUGGUUGAUGGUGUGGACGUUCAGGCAUUCUGCAUCUUCAACCAAGACCAUGAACCAGUGAAGACUGAUACGUAUCCAGCUGAUGUAUACAACGGUGUAUCAGUAGAUAUGACUGCAGCUAGACGUCAUGGUUUCAGUGUUGUGGCAUGUCGGGGUGUGAGUGACACUCAGUUACAACGUCAUCCUGUACGUACACCUAACGGGUAUAACACUCUUGAGGCAUCGGCACUCAAAUCUCAAGGAUGUUAUAUUAUUCCGAUGGUACUCAAAUAUGGCGCUCGGCACUCGCAGAAAAGCAGCCACACUAUCCCGGAUUUGCUGAUCAAUUAUCCGUAUCACAUCACCGUGUUCAAAGACCUGUUACCCGCCAAGCAGUGAUGGACAUACACACUGAUGUCAUAGUCUACAUGAUGAUAUCUCUGAACAGCAGAAUACUAAGCCGAAUUGUGCAGGAAGUGUGUUAUAUCAUUUGAGACUGGAAUAUUUUUGUCUAGUGAUUGAACUUAGCAAGAAGCGUGUGCUCCUUGUUGGAGCAACCAACUUCAUGACUAGUGAUUGAAGUUUUAAUUUCUCCGAUUCCUUGCUGUUUUUUCUGCUGAGCUGAACACUGAGGAAGUUCGUGCUGCGUCUUGUUUAAUUCCACUCCAUUGGCUGAGUAGCUCAGUUACCGAGUAACGGAGUAACUGAGUACAGCCGAUGUGAGAGGGUAGUGCUGCUAGUGCUAGUGUAGUAUGCGUGUUGAUCAUGUUUUUGAAAUCAAGGCAUUGUUGAGUUUGUGCGUGAAUGUUUGCGUGUCUGUGCAUUCAAUUCCCAUAUUUUUCUUUGUGCGUGCUUGUACAAUCAUGUACCUUGAUAUUAUUAUUGUGAAUCCUCCACAUGUGUGUUUUCCGCUUCCAUUGUCCAUAGUACACGUAGUACAUGUAGCAUCUGGAGUAGCCAGGAUCCUGAUUUUUGACUGAGCUACAUGUUUA